AUGGGUAGUUGGCUUAUAUUUUUCCUUACUAUUUCUUCACUUUUAUGCCUCAGCCCCAUUUCUCACGCUGCAAGGCCGACUCCUGAAUAUUCGCCCGACCCAAUCAAGGCUGUUAAUCUUGGUGGAUGGCUUGUUGCUGAGGGGUGGAUCACACCCGAUUUGUUUGAUAACAUUCCGGUUAAUAAAGAUCUGUUGGAUGGAACCCAAAUACAAGUUAAGUCGGUAACACAGAACAAUUACCUCUCAGCCCAAAAUGGAGGUGGUUCGACAAUCAUCGCAAAUCAACCAUCCGCAUCAACAUGGGAGACUUUCAAAUUAUGGAGAAUCACUGAGACAACCUUUCAGUUUAGAGUCCUCAAUUGGCAAUUUUUUGGCAUCGAUGAUAAUGGGAAUCUAGUGGCCACUUCAACCUCUUCCGAUGACUCAGAUUCUUCACAUACAUUUUUUAUCGUGAGAAAAGAUGAUGAGCCCAAUCGAAUACGAAUCAAGGCCCCAAAUGGUUCUUUCUUACAAGUAAAUUCAGAUGCAACAGUCACUGCUGACUAUACCGAGAAUACUAACUGGGGAGAUGAUGAUCCAUCAGUGUUUAUAGUGACAAAUGUGUAUCAAUUGAAGGGGGAGUUUCAGGUCACCAACGGUUAUGGUCCAAAUAUUUCUUCCUCUGUAAUGACGAAACAUUGGAAUAGCUUCAUAGUGGAAGAUGACUUCAAGUUUCUAUCUGAUAAUGGAUUGAAUGCUGUGAGGAUUCCUGUUGGGUGGUGGAUACGAUUUGAUCAAAACCCACCCCGCCCUUUUGUUGGUGGAUCCCUACAAGUAUUAGACAAUGCCUUCUCUUGGGCAGAGAAGUACAAUAUAAAAGUGAUCAUUGAUAUUCAUGCUAUGCCAAGUUCGCAAAAUGGCUGGGAGCAUAGCGGAACAAGAGAUGGAUUACAAUCAUGGGGUCAGACUGAUGACAGUAUUGAUCAAUCAGUUGUUGUGGUCGACUUCCUAGCCUCUAGGUAUGCAAAUAAACCUAGCUUGUAUGCAAUUGAGUUGAUCAAUGAACCAUUAGCUCCUGGUGUAGAUUUAGAUAGUCUAAAAAAGUACUAUAAGGCUGGCUAUGAUACAGUUAGGAAGUACUCAAAUGUAUUUGUGAUCAUGUCAAAUCGAUUAUCGAUUAGUGAUCCUACAGAGCUCAUCCAAUUCGCAAGCAGCUUCUCAGGCUCUGUUGUUGAUGUCCAUUACUACAACCUCUUCUCAAACAUUUUUGAAGGCAUGUCAGUGCAACAAAAUAUUGACUAUAUAUACAAUAAUCGAGCUUCUACUCUUAGUUCCCUAAUGGUUUCAAAUGGUCCUCUUAUAUUUGUUGGUGAAUGGGUGGAUGAUAUGGAUGUGAACAAUGCAUCAAAAGAUGAUUAUCAAAGGUUCGGAUCAGCCCAACUUGAUGUUUACGGGAGGGCGACCUUUGGGUGGUCAUAUUGGACUCUUAAAGCUGCUCAAAAUGAAUGGAGUUUGGAAUGGAUGAUUACAAAUGGAUACAUAAAUGUUUAA